AUGUCUCAGUUUUUCUCGUCGGCGGUUCACCGCUGCGAGGCCAGCAGCUCACUGCACACAGUAGGUGCUCAAUACACGCUCAAGAGCCGACGAAGUUGUCUUGUCUCCUUCUCUGCCUGGAAACCUGAUGGACAGCUGGACGGGACAGUGGACGUGGACGAGUGCUCUGAGGGCACAGAUGACUGCCACAUCGAUGCCAUCUGCCAAAACACGCCCAAGUCCUACAAGUGCCUUUGCAAGCCCGGCUACAAGGGGGAAGGGAGGCAGUGUGAAGACAUUGACGAGUGUGAGAACGACUACCACAAUGGGGGCUGUGUGCACGAGUGCAUCAACAUCCCGGGGAACUACAGGUGCACCUGCUUCGACGGCUUCAUGUUGGCACAUGGCGGACACAACUGCCUAGAUGUGGACGAAUGUCAGGCCAACAACGGUGGCUGCCAGCAGAUCUGCGUCAACGCCAUGGGCAGCUACGAGUGUCAGUGCCACAGCGGCUUCUUCCUCAGUGACAACCAGCACACCUGCAUCCACCGUUCCAAUGAAGGCAUGAACUGCAUGAAUAAAGACCACGGCUGUGCCCACAUCUGCCGGGAGACGCCCAAAGGUGGGGUGGCCUGUGACUGCAGGCCCGGCUUUGACCUAGCUCCAAACCAGAAGGACUGCACACUAACCUGUAACUAUGGGAACGGAGGCUGCCAGCACACCUGCGAGGACACAGACACAGGCCCCACGUGUGGCUGUCACCAGAAGUACGCCCUCCACGCAGACGGCCGCACAUGCAUCGAGACGUGUGCUGUCAACAACGGAGGCUGUGACCGGACGUGCAAGGACACAGCCACCGGCGUGCGCUGCAGCUGUCCAGUGGGAUUCACGCUGCAGCCAGACGGGAAGACGUGCAAAGACAUCAACGAGUGCCAGGUGAACAAUGGUGGCUGUGACCACUUUUGCCGCAACACCGUGGGCAGCUUCGAGUGCGGCUGCCACAAGGGCUACAAGUUGCUGACAGACGAACGCACCUGCCAAGACAUCGACGAGUGCUCCUUCCAGCGGGCCUGCGACCACACCUGCAUCAACUCCCCCGGAAGCUUCCAGUGUCUGUGUCAUCGUGGUUACACGCUCUACGGGACAACCCACUGCGGAGACGUGGAUGAAUGCAGCAUGAACAACGGAAGCUGUGACCAGGGCUGCGUCAACACCAAAGGCAGCUACGAGUGUGUCUGCCCCGCUGGGAAGCGGCUACACUGGAACCAGAAGGACUGUGUGGAGACGGGCAAGUGCCUCUCGCGGGCUAAGGCCUGGCCCCGGGCCCAGCUGUCCUGCAGCAAGGUGGGCAGCGUGGAGAGCUGCCUCCUCACCUGCCCAGCCCACACACUCUACAUGACAGACUCGGACAGCAGCUAUGUCCUGAGCUGCGAUGUUCCAGGUCCCCAGAGCAAGACGUUGCCGAAGGACAACAGCACCAGCCUCAGCUCUGGGCUCAGCUGCUCAGAUGCCCCCGUGCCCCCCCUCAAGCAGAAGGCCCGAUUCAAGAUCAGAGACGUCAAGUGCCACCUCCGACCGCGCAGCCGUGAGCGGGCCAAGGAGGCCCCACGGCAGCCACUGCUGGACAGUGGCCAUGUGACCUUUCUGACCCUCAAGUGUGACUCCUCCAAGAAGAGGCGCCGUGGCCGAAAGUCCCCGUCCAAGGAGGUAUCCCACAUCACGGCCGAGUUCCAGGUGGAGACGAAGGUGGAGGAGGUGACAGACACCUGCAAGGCAGACUGCGUGCGGAGACGAGCAGGGCAGAGCUUGCAGGCUGCCAUCAAGACCCUGCGGAAAUCCAUCAACCGACAGCAGUUCUACGUCCAGAUCGCGGGCACUGAGUAUGAGGUGGCCCAACGGUCAGCCAAGGCCAUGGAGGGGCAGGGGAUGUGCAGCACCGGCCAGGUGCCUCAGGAUGGCAAGUGUGUGAGCUGUGGGCCUGGCACCUACUUCAGCGGUGAACAUGGUCAAUGCCUUCCCUGUGAGCCGGGGACCUACCAGGAUGUGGAUGGCCAGCUCAGCUGUACACCAUGCCCCAGCAGUGAUGGGCUCGGCCUGCCAGGUGCCCGCAACGUGUCCGAGUGUGGAGGCCAGUGCUCUGCCGGCUCCUUCUCCGCUGAUGGCUUCAAGCCCUGCCAGGCCUGCCCUGUGGGCACCUACCAGCCCGAGCCAGGGCGAACCCACUGCUUCCCCUGCGGAGGGGGGCUGCUCACCAAGCUCGAGGGUGCCACUGCCUUCCAGGACUGUGAGACCAGAGUGCACUGCUCGCCGGGCCAUCACUACAACACCACCACCCACCGCUGCCUCCGCUGCCCCAUCGGCACCUACCAGCCCGAUUUUGGUCAGAACCAUUGCAUCUCCUGUCCUGACGACACCAGCACUGACUUUGACGGCUCCACCAACGUCACACACUGCAAAAACCAGCACUGCGGGGGCGAGCUUGGUGACUACACAGGCUACAUCGAGUCCCCCAACUACCCCGGUGACUACCCGGCCAACGCCGAGUGUGUGUGGCACAUUGCGCCGCCCCCGAAGCGCAGGAUCCUCAUCGUGGUCCCCGAGAUCUUCCUGCCCAUCGAGGACGAAUGUGGUGACGUGCUGGUCAUGAGGAAGAGCGCCUCUCCUACUUCCAUCACCACCUACGAGACCUGUCAGACCUACGAGAGGCCCAUCGCCUUCACCUCCCGCUCCCGCAAGCUCUGGAUCCAGUUCAAAUCCAAUGAAGGCAACAGCGGCAAAGGGUUCCAGGUGCCUUACGUCACCUACGACGAGGAUUACCAGCAACUGAUAGAGGAUAUUGUUCGCGAUGGCCGGUUAUACGCCUCCGAGAAUCACCAGGAGAUUUUGAAAGACAAGAAGCUGAUCAAGGCUCUCUUCGAUGUGCUAGCGCAUCCCCAGAACUACUUCAAGUACACAGCCCAGGAGUCCAAGGAGAUGUUCCCCCGCUCCUUCAUCAAACUGCUGCGCUCCAAAGUGUCCCGGUUCCUGCGGCCCUACAAAUAA